CCCUCUAGUUUAUCCUGCGCACCCUUUUUUUUUCUUUUCCUUUUAUCUUCCUUUCUUUUCUUUUCUUUCCUUUCCUAGUAAAAACAGACCCACAUAACAAGAAAAUUUGAAUGCACCAUCCAUUUAACAUUUUUUCACUAUUAUCAUUCAUUCCCACUGAUUCUUUGAACAUGGAAACUUCAAUUACUUGGAGCAGAGAAGAAGAGAAAGCUUUUGAGAAUGCAAUUGCUACCCAUUGGACUGAGGAGGAUGAAGAAUCCAAAGAGCUAUGGGAAAAGAUUGCUUCUAUGGUGCCUGGUAAAAGUAUUCAAGAAUUGAAACAACACUACCAAUUACUAGUUGAGGAUGUUUGUGCAAUAGAGGCAGGAAAUAUACCCCUUCCUAAUUAUGGAGGAGAGGAAGCAACAUCUUCAACUAAGGAUUCUCAUGGAAAUUCUGGAGCAGUGGCUAGAGAUAAGAGAUUGAAUUCUGGUUAUGGAAGUGGGGUUUUGGGGUUAGGACAUGACUCUUCUGGACAUGGUGGGAAAGGAAGAUCAAGGUCUGACCAAGAAAGAAGAAAAGGAAUUCCAUGGACAGAAGAAGAGCAUAGGUUGUUUCUGCUGGGUCUUAACAAGUUUGGAAAAGGUGAUUGGAGAAGCAUAUCAAGAAACUUUGUGAUAUCAAGGACUCCUACUCAAGUAGCCAGUCAUGCUCAGAAAUACUUCAUUCGCUUGAACUCAAUGAACAGAGACAGAAGGAGGUCUAGCAUCCAUGACAUUACUAGUGUGAACAAUGGAGAUGUUUCACCUCAUCAAGCACCCAUUACUGGCCAGCAAGCUGACACAGGUGCCGCCGCCGCUAUAGGAACUGUAGUGAAGCUGAGGGUUCAACCCCAUAUGACUGGUUUAGGAAUGUAUGGUGCACCAGUUGGGCAUCCAGUUGCUCCUCCAGGUCAUGUGGCAUCAGCUGUUGGGACUCCUGUUAUGCUUCCUCCUGGACACCAUCCUUCCUAUGUUGUUCCUGUCCCUUACCCAAUGGCACCACCACAAACAAUGCAUCAAUAGUGAUGUAUCUCUCUCCCUCUCCCUCUCUCUCUCUCUCUCUUUCUCUUCCCUACUUGGAGGACUGAAGAGAUUGCUAUGAAUGCCAAGGGAGACGUUUUUUAGCUAUGUAUAUUAGAAUAGAGACUUGUUGAUGAAGAGCAGUAACGUAAAUAAUUAUCAUGUCAUCCAUAUUACAUUGUUGGGUAUAAAUAAGUAGUGCAUUUAUCACUCAGGAUUUGUAUUAAAUCUUUAAAUGCUUAGUGUAUUUGAUAGAAGAAUAACAACAAUGAUCAUUACCCUCCUUGA